UGAAUGGUCACUGCUUACAGGAAAUAAGUGAUUGGACAUGCAAAACUAUGCCAAUUUUAACCUCAAUAUAAGGACAAGUCCUGGCCCACGGACCUGACGGACCUCAGCCAAAAUGCCAUGCUUUAGGUAAUUAGAAUUUUAUUCAUGUGGACUCACAGUUCUGAUGGUGGAUCAGCACCUAGAAAGGACCUCUACUGCCCUGAAAGACAGCGGAGACCAGGCCAACUAGAGCCCCAGAUACAGAUCCCCUGUAAAGACCUUGUCUCAGAGGACCACCAGGACAAGACCACAGGAAACAGAUGAUUCUUCUGCACAAUCUGACUUUGCUGCAGUCUGGAAUUGAACUACUGGUUCCGUCUGGUCAGAGGAGAACUGGCCCCCCAACUGAGCCUGGUUUCUCCCAAGGUUUUUUCUCCAUUCUGUCACCGAUGGAGUUUCGGUUCCUUGCCGCUGUCGCCUCUGGCUUGCUUAGUUGGGGUCACUUCAUCUACAGCGAUAUCAUUGACUUGAUUGCAAAUUAAAACAGACACUAUUUCAACUGAACAGAGAUGACAUAACUGAAUUCAAUGAUGAACUGCCUUUAACUAUCAUUUUGCAUUAUUGAGACACUGUUUUCCAAAUGAAUGUUGUUCAGUGCUUUGGCGCAAUGUAUUUUGUUUAAAGCACUAUAUAAAUAAAGGUGAUUGAUUGAUUGAUUGAUUGAUUGAUUGAUGAUGAAAUCUACAUUCUGCAUGUAAGUGGCAAAGAGCGUUUUAGAUUUCUUUCUCUGUGGGUCUCUGUGCAUCAGCUCAGCCAGCCACACAGCAGAAAGAGGAGGCGCACCAGCCCAUGUGCUUAAAGCACUACUGGUCCCAGGAGAUAGCAGAGCUUCCUCGACCCAUCCAGCAUUCAGGUGAGUCUUUAGAAAUUAAACAUUUCAUUCUAACACAAUGUCUGGUUUUCAGUGAGUCGGAGAAGAGAGUGACUGAUAAGAAGCCAACAGGAACUGUUUCUCCUCCGACAGGAAGUCCCACUCCAGAGCUCCGCCCUCAUCAGUGCAACACAACACAAUGGCCAGACACCUGGGUGUGGACACUUCCAUGCUCCGUAGAGCCAUCUGGAACUAUAUUCAGGGCAAGUUUGGGAUUCGGCACACACCUGCAAGAAGGUCUGCACUCAAGAUGUGGUGGGUACGAGUCAUUCAGAGCCUUGGCUCUGGCUACACUGCUGGACCCAAGGUUCAAAAAUGUGGGUUUUGGAAAUCCUGCCAAAGCCCAGGAGAAUGAAAAGCAGAUCACACUGGAGUGUGCUUCGCUGAUGCGUUCAAACACAGCAACUCCUGAGCCACAGUCAACAUCAGGCCCAUCAUCAUCAUCAUCAACAACAACAUCAACAACAGAAACCCAGGACAGUUUAUGGGAACUUUUUGAUAGUCGUAUCCAUGAAACCCAGGCGAUACACAGUGCCACAGCAGAUGCCACAGUAGAAGUUAAAAAGUACCUAAAAGAUGCAUUUUUGCCAAGAGCCCAUGAUCCACUAAGUUACUGGAAAGAGAGAGCUGUGAUUUUUCCUCAUUUGUAUGUCCUUGCUAAAAAAUAUCUAUGCAUGCCAGCAACAAGUGUCCCUUGUGAGAGGAUUUUUUCUAAGGCUGGAGAAAUUAUCAGUAAAAAAAGAAGUAGGCUAAGCCCUUCCACAGCAGAGCAAUUAAUAUAUUUGAAUAAAAAUCUUUAAAAAAAAAAAAAAAAUUAGACCAUUGUGGAUUUAUUUGUUUUAUUCAUUUUUCAUGACCAAAAUAACCUAGUUAUUAUUAUGAUAUAGGAUUAUAUAGGAUAUUAUUAUAGGAUUUUAAAAUAUCACCACAUUAACGAAAACAAAAUAUUUUUAUUUAUUUUUAAAUGGCUUGUUGUCAAAGUUGUUUCAGAUAACAUGGGCAAUUGGCCACUAGGUGUCACCGUGGAGACGGGUGUCGGUAAAGUUUCGAAGCCUCGAAACAAAUACGGCACUUUGCUUCAACUGUUUCAGUGUUUCAUGAAGCCUCGCUCUGCCCACCACUACCGAAUUUUCCUGCCUUGCAGGGUCUAAUUCCGGAGAUGAUUCCUAUUACCAGGUUAUGAUAUAUUUUACAAAUAAAUGAUUGUCAGGACAAUAUCAAGCAAGAAAAUUCAAUCACACACAUACAGUAUUGUUCAAAAUAAUAUCCCUGAACUAAGUACAUUUCUGCAGCUGUUAUUAUGUUUAAAUGAAAACUAAAUGAGGGAGUGGUAUUUUAUAUCCUAUUUCGUUUUGUUGUAAAUAUACUGAGGGGAAAAUUGCAGUAGCCAAAGCGUUCUGAGUUCACGCAGCAUUGGUGGAGUUCAACCACCAUUUAUUCGGAUCAUUUUCAAAUAUUACUGUUAUUGUGUCAUGAAAUGUAAUUUUAAAAGUAUUUCAGGCGAGAAGUAGUUGUUUAAAACUCAAAUCUAUGGUUUUUUAUAAAGACAGUGCCUAUUUAAAAAAUGUGUUUCGCCGAUCUCGUAGACGGUAAGCUCCACUCGAUCAGCGGGAGCUCAGUCCUCAUGUAUCUGCAGAGAGCAGCCUCUCCUGGGAUAGACCUUCUGAUAUGUGCCCCUGGCUCUGAUGUGUCUUUAGUGGUUAAACAUAACAUAUAAUUCAGCUGCGGGGUAAAUCUAACAGGUUUUCUUUGGUCUGUAUUCAAUUUAUCUAUAUGUUAAAAUGAAAAUAAAAAAGGCAAAUUUAUAUAAUAUUUUGUUUCAUUGUAAUGGCUGCAUAUACACAUUUCCCUGAACUAAGUACAUUUCUGCAGCUGUUAUUAUGCUUAAAUGAAAACGAAAGGAGGCAGUAGUAUUUGAUAUCAUAUUUCGUUUUAUUGUAAUACAGUAAGGAAAAUUGCAGUAGCCAUGACGAGCAGACUGAAGUUAUCAAGUACGCUGCUGUUUAUAGAUUUACCGGACUUGCGUAGUCGCCGACAUCACAAUCCCAAGACGAAUGUAGGAAGUCAGAACUAACUACCGUGAUGCACGUCCAAAAUCAGCGUACUUUUUAUUGAGAAACGCGCGCAGACCUAUGUCACCAGUCUAUUUGCCUAAUCUACCCGGUACUUUACACCGCGGUGGAAACGCAGAAAGCAACAGGUCUGGGGGGAAAAAAGUUCCUGGGAAAAAAAGUUCCUGGUACAAAUGUUCCGGGUAAAUUCGGUGGAAACGCGGCAUAACUCCUCCUAGACCGUUCAAGCUACAUACUCCAAACUCGGGUCAGACCUUCAUACUGUUCU